UAUGGCGGACGUGACGUCAUCAGCCGCCUUCAUCCGGGGACCGAGACCCUGGACCUUCCCUCCUCCCAGUGCCCUUCCAUCAGUAUUUAGUGUUAUUUCCUAUAUUUUCCAGCUGUUUUCAUGCAUAGAGAAGAAUAGAAAGAGGAGGAAAGAAGGAGAAAUGAAGAAGGAGGAGGAAGAAGAGGGAAGGGAAGGAGGAAGAGGAGAAGGAAAAGAAGAAAUAUUAAGAAAAGAUUUUCACUGAAUUUCCAGCGUUUUAAAGAGCAACGGCAACCCUCCAAUCCGGCAAGCAGUUGGCGGCAGCGAUGGCGGUGGCGGCAGCAGUGGUGGCGAGGCGGACGGCAGGGACAGAGGGGCAGUACAGGGUGCGGACAUCAAGGAGAAGAGGAACGCACGGACAAGCAAGGUGUUAUUCGGCAGUCUGAUCCUGGACCUGGUCGGCUUCAUGGCGGUGGUGCCUCUGUGUCCUGCUCUCCUUGACUGUUACUCCAAGCACAACACCAGCGGCUUGUAUUCCUCUCAGCUCUCCUGUGUGACUUAUUACCAACAUAUCAUCGGUUUCGCUGCGAGGUUCCAUUCUGUCUUGUUUGGCACUGAUUGGCGUGACAUUCAGCAUAGGCUUCACCGUCGGGCACACUGUGGGGCCUGCGUUCUCCCGCUGGGGAAGUACUGGGUGGUUCGCGGCCUCGGCUGUCUACGCACGCACUCUCACUGUGGCUAACAUAAUAUUCUUUGCUGUCUUCUUCCAGGAAUUGCUGCCUGAGGGCCUAAUGAUGAUGAUUCCUGCUUUCAUCCUCAUCGGGGCUAACGAGACCAACCUGGGGCUGUACUCUGGACUGACGCUGUAUGCCAUAGAGACCGGCGUGCCCUUGUGUCUUCCCUGCGGCUGUUGUCCCUGGUCCACGGUCUGAACUUCCAAGCCGGCUGCCGAGUGGGGCGGUUGAACUGCGACGACUUUUACAUCCCAGAAAUUGCAGAGAAAAUUGAUAUUAGGAAUGAUUACUUGAACUGGAUGAACAGCAGGCUUCACCCGAUGUCCAGGAGGGAGAGUCCAAUCCUGUUCUGUGAGUAUCCAUUCUUGUUCGACCCUCAGGCCAAGAUGCUGCUGCUCAGGUGUGAUGCCACUCGGCAGGGCGAAUGUUUCCCAGACCACCCGGUCAUACGCACGUUCUGGGAAGUAUUUCACAAACUCUCCCUGGAGCAGAAGAAGUUGUUUUUGAAGUUCCUGACGGGCACUGACAGGGUUCCUAUUCUGGGCCUGAAGGCACUCAAGUUGAUGAUCCAAAGCACAGCAGACGACAGCUUCCUUCCGGUCGCACACACCUGCAUCACCCAGACUGUGGAACGUCUUCGCGUCCUCCGUCCCUCACAUCAGGGGGAUGGAUACCCAGGACGUGAAGUUAACAGCACACCACUGGAGGGGCUCGUUCCCAACCCUCCUGCUAACAAUAUUAACAUAAGUCCAUAAAGAAUGUAUAUAUAUGUAUAUAUAUCUUUAUAUUUAUA